AUGGUUAGCAAAGUGGCUUGGCUAGAGGAAGCGGGCCAGACUCAGCCAAAGUUGGUGUCUUGCAGCUGGGACCAGACUAUCCGUGUGUGGGAUGUGACUGCCAGUGCCAGUGACACCACCGGCAAGUGUGGCGAAAGCAGAUGCAUUUCGGCGGGCAGCCCCCUACACGAUCUCUCAGUAGCCCCACAGGGCGUACUCGUGGGCGCCUCUGACAACAAGGUCCGCAUCUACGAUUUGCGUGCAAAAGGUAAACAUUUUCCCUCUUCCUACCAUUGUGUAUGUAUUCUUCAAGGAGGCUAUCUUUUACCUUAG